GAGGGUAGGGAGGGGGGACUCAGUGAGGACUGUGGGAAAAGAGCGUGCCAUCCAGAGGCAGAAGAGGAGUCUCCUGUCUGUCUGUGUCCAUGUCUCCGCUUUGUUCUGACAAAGACCCCCAGUGUCCCGCCUGCUGCUCUUCUUCCACAUCUGGAUUUAAAUCGGCCGGAAUACCACUGGGACUCUCCGCUCAUCAUUUUGUGCUGCCACGUUUGGAUGGGAGGCAAAGUUGGACCUCUGUGGACUGUACGAUGGGUGACAAACACUUUGGUUUUUCUUGCGCUUUUAAGAGUUUCCUAGCAUUCAGGAUGACCUUACUUUUCUUCAGUAAAAGAGUUUUUAUAUGUAACAUAAAUUGAGCUUCUUAUCUUUGCUUUUCUGUUAAAAGUAGGUUAUCUAUUUGGGAAUACAACAUUUCGAACUUGGCUGGUAAGGCAUUUCUUGAUGUGAAAGAUGAGUGGGGAAGAGGGUUAGAAAUAUUUUCCCAUCUUCCCCUUUCAGAAGUUAGUUCUAACCUUGGUCUGAAAAUGUGACUGUAGCCAAUUUUUUGUGCACUUCAAUACGUUUAUAUUUUUAUUUUUGUCCUUGACUGGACUUUUUACAGUGGACUACAUCUGAUCUUACAGAUCUUCCCUCUCCAAGGGAAUCAUCAAACUAAACUCUUUGCUGUUAACCCACUUAGUUGCCCAAUCUCCCCUUUGGGGGCUUCCUUAAAACAUCUGUCCUGCUCUAGUUUUCUUGAGGAAAGCAAAAAGACAACCAGCAAAGGGAGCGCAGGGAAGGAAGAGACCCCCCUCCCAAAGGUGUGAGGGGGGCAGAAGAUGGCAGCUCUCGCCAGCUCUCUCAUCAGACAGAAACGGGCAGUAAAGGAUGACCAAGCCAACCGACCGGUCGCCAACAAACGCAAGCCCUGUCCCAAGAGCAACAAGUCCUUGUGCCAGAAGCAGAUCCUGGUGUUGAUAUCCAAGGUUCGACUAUGCGGGGGUCGAAAAGGUCGCAUCGACAAAAGACCAGACCCUCAACUAAAAGGCAUUGUCACUCGCCUGUACAGCCAGCAUGGAUUUUACCUGCAGAUGCAGCCUGAUGGCACCUUGGGCAGCACAAAGGAUGAAAGCAGCGCAUUUUCACAGUUCAACUUAAUUCCGGUGGGACUGCGGAUUGUGGCAAUUCAGGGGACGAAAACAGGGUUGUACCUCGCCAUGAACGGGGAAGGAUACCUCUAUACCUCGGAGCACUUCACUCCUGAGUGUAAGUUCAAGGAGAGUGUGUUUGAGAACUACUAUGUUACGUACUCGUCCAUGCUCUACCGCCAGACCCAGUCCGGACGCUCCUGGUAUAUUGGCAUUAACCGGGAUGGUCACAUCAUGAAGGGCAACCGGGUGAAGAAGACCAAGGGAGCUGCACAUUUCCUGCCAAAAGUCAUAGAAGUCGCAAUGUAUAAGGAGCCAUCGCUCCACGAGCUCGCCAGUGAACCGGUGAGUCCUCCUCGGAAGACAGCGAAGACGUCAGACUCAACAACGCUCAAGAAUGGACGGAAAGAGCCUCCCCAGACUGAUGCCUCAUAGCACAGGAGAUCGAGGGUGGGACAAAACAUCAAAAGUAACACUGGGAACUCAGUUGCCCUUAAUGUACUGAGCAUGGCUGAAGAAACCGCACUUACUGGCCACCAUGUUACAGAAUUUCACUUACAGAUGCUGAGAGUUAAAGGGCCAGCAUUUUAAGACCAAGAAGGCCUGGAAGAGGUGUCCCCCCCUCACCUGAUGCCACAUAGAGCAAGCCCAGGGUCUAUAACACCCCCUCAACUUCCUCAUGUAUGUCUCACUCCCUCUCACUAUGUCUCCUGUGACUUCUUAACACACAAGUUCCUUUGUUUUUUAGCCAGACUCAAACUUCUUUUUCUGUUUUCUCUGUUGUACUCAAUGUUCAUCCCUCACAAAUUUCCCUCCUGACUCAGCAACAUAAUCCUAACCCAUGGGGAGCUCCUUUUGAGCCUCAAAGUUGGUGACAGUGUGGCUCUGCCUCAGCCAGCUCUCCACCCACCAUCUGCCCACCAGCUAAACUAAUAACCAGGGUCUUCUACAGCUUAAAUCGAGUUGAAACGGAUCAGAGAGGAAAGCAAUCAGCUGGAAGUCUGAAUCAGGUCAUACCAACAGGCCAACAUGAGCAAAGCUAUUUUACAACAUCAAAAACUAAAACAAGUUGUCAUUGCUUUUUUUUUCUUAUUAUUCCUGUUAAUCUCACAAAAGUUCUAAUUUAUGAUGAAUUCUACAGUUCAAAUAGAUGAAAGAUGAUAAAAUUGCUGAGUUUUUGAAAAAAAAAAGUUCUUAAAAUAAAAAAGAUGCUAUAACAAUGCUAAAAGUUAGACAGAAUGAAAAAUACAAUUAAAAUAAAACAAAAUCUAAAAACAAUAAUGAAAAGUAUAUCAAAAAAUAUUUAUGAUUAUUAUUUCUCAAUAAAUUUAAUAAAAAAAUAUCAAAAUUAAAAGGAAAAAAAAGGAUGAAAUUUCCCUAUCCCUUCUGUGAUCGCUACCACAUGAUCUCUAAUUACUGCACACGCUCAUCAAAGGCUACAAAUGAGCAACCUGGAUGCCAAGUUAAAGCCAGGGCACAUCUGAGUUCAGACGCAUGGAAAAGGUGCAGUAAUGUAUACAGUCAGCAUCUGCUGUCAGCAUAAAACCGGGUUUGAAGCCCAACAUCAAAGCCAGGGAGCCUGUGAGCCAGAGCACUUGUUAUUCUGAGGAUGUCUGGCAGCUUAUCCACUCACACGCUUUAUCAAAUCACCUUGGAAGAAUUGCCCUCAAAAAAAGGAAAAACAAAUUGAGUCAUCUGAGUAAAUGUCUUGGUGUGACAGUGUCUUAACCCCAGUGAGUGGAUGUGUGCAGAUGGACCGUAAGAGUUUGUGUGACUGUGUGUGAAUGAGAGCCUGUGCAGGGGCUAGACGGAGCUGAUGUGGGUAACAUCUUCUAUGUCCUUCACACCGAGCUCAGCCUUGUGUCUUCGAUACGUCGGCUCAUGUGAGUAAGUGAUACUUCAUCUGUCUUGUGAACCAUUCACAAUGACUCUUGCCCCAUGUAUGUUUUAAAAUAGCGUGGUUUCAGGGCCACCUCUUAGGGAAUUUGCUUUAGACUGAGAAAUUGUAUUUGGUACGAUUAAGCCACAUUUUGCCAAUUCUGAGAAAAAAAAUGAAGCUUUAGGCUAUGAGAAUAGUCAUCAGCGUAUAUUUUUACUGGCCAUCCCGUUAAAACCACUGAUGGAAAAGACAUGCUACACAAUGUUCACUCCGCAAACCCUUGCUUUGUCAGGCAAAUAGAUAGUGGUGGUUGUGGAGGACAAACUAGAAAAGAUGCUCAUCAUGUAUCUAACUCAAGUCUAACAAAAUGGGAAGAAGGGUUCAAAAAUGUGAUGUACAGGAUUUCUGAAUGUGUAUUACUGAGGGUGAAAGCAAGUCUGCAAUAAAAGAGUGAAACUGUAAAAGAGGUUACGUCACACAGAGGCGGUUAGUUAGGAAGAAUGAAGGAUUAGCAGGUGUAUUCUUGGGGAAUGUCGAUAAGGAAUUUAUGCCACAAAGGAAGCAUAAGAAGUUCAGCUGUCGUUUGCAGCAUGUUGAUAUGAUAAUGAACGUGGGACAAAGAGGCAUGUAAGGCACUCCAUGACAGGGAGCAAUUGGAGAGAAUUAGUUGCAAGGCUACGCUUAACCCUCCCCCCUAACUAAAUUUGAAUUUUGUUGGAGUUUGUCUAAGAGGGCAAUCCCUCACUUUGUUUUGGGAUAUCCAUGUGGCAAAUACAGUACCAUAGACCUUUAAAUCUCUAUUUGCGUAUUAUCCCUGGGGAAUUUAGCAUACUCAAUCUCAGUUCCAGCUGUGCAUCACUAACCACUGUAUAAUAUCAAAGUGUUUGCACAGCAGUUAGCUCACGGUUGUAUAUUUCUAAGAUGCCCAUAAGCCUAAGAUAUGAAAGUAUCUGGAAGGACAAAGCAGUGACAUUAAAAGAUUUGUAUUAGAUAUUUACUCUUAGAGCAUACAGAAUCGCUGCAAAUAUGAUAAUUACGUAAAAAGUUUGGCGGGGUGUGGGAGUGGAGGGAUCAUUUACAAUUCCUUAUACUCCAAUACUCUAUAGGAUGAAACUUGCAUCUAACCUACUAUAAUCUGUUUUCUUUAAGUUGACUCUUCCACUUACUGGGGAUCUUAUAGAAGGAUGAUUAAAUUAAUUCCAUGCAUUCAUUCAUUCAUUCAUCUUCUAUACCACUUAUUCCAUAGUGGGUCACGGGCAGCUGGUUCCAAUCUCCGGCAGUCUAUGGGCGAGAGGCUGGGUACACUUUGGACAGGUUGCCAAUCCAUAGCAGGGCAACACAGAGACAUACAGGACAAACACCCACGCACACACUCAUUCACACCUAAGGGCAAUGUAGAGAGACCAAUUUUACAACAUUAACCAGGGAUUAAUCACAUAAUAAUGCUGCAUCAUGGAUUCCAACGAUGUUUUAUUCUUACUUCAUAUAACUUUAUAUAACUUUCAGAUUAACAGCAAUUAUACAGAGUAACAUGUUUUACAAGAGUAACCGUUAUAUACUUUUGCAGUUUUGACUGUUGCACACCUGACUUUUUGGUGCCAUUUAUUCCACAAAGUUGGCUAUGUUUCAAUUUGUACCCACCGGGAGGAUAUUGGCCGACCUACUUGGAUAGCUGUCUGAGUGUUUAAAGAAAUGUUCUUUUGUUUACUCCCAGUUAACUGUAAAGAAAUAUGAUUAUAUGACUAGAAAAAUUCUGCCAGAGGGAGUUCACUUUGAUUCCAUUUAGUUUGAUCAGGACUCAUAAUUUGCGAUAUUUUAUGUCAACUCCAAAAUAAAUGCAAAUAGGGUGUUAUUUAACGUUUUUUAGAUCAUCAUCUACAAUUUAAUCAACCCAUACAUAAGGUUUGAGCAUUUUAUAUCCAUUCAUUUUCAUAUUUAUUGAAAAUGUAAGGUUGAAUGAAAAAAUAAAAGUAUACCCAGUUUUUUAAAUGAGUGGGUGUGCAAUAGUUUUCUUAUUGGUAGGAAAUGGAAGUGGGAAGAGAUGAAAUGGCAAUGUAUGGGUAGAAAAUGGGGUUUUUAAUUGGCAAAGGGGUAAUUUGACAUGGAGUUGAGUGGAACAGGUAAUUUAAAAGAAUUAGAACAACACACAACAAACAGAGGUAUAAAGCACCCAUCGAAUUUCAGCUUAGGAGAGAACAGUUUCCAAUUUGAUUGGUAAUAAAAGGUUUAAGAUGACUUGAAAACCAUACAUUUUUCUUCAUAAAUUUUCGCAAAUUGAAGCAUUAGCAUGACAACCGAGAUGACAUCUAAUUGUGUUUGCAAUUGUACAUCAGUAAAACGGUGGAAUUUACUCAUUUUCUGCACGGUAACCAGGCUAACUGCAGCAUUUAUAUUGGAUUUUGGUUGCAAAGUUGAUAAUAACCGAGAGAAUACUUUCAAGUCAAAAUUACAACUUCAGUGUUUUUGUUAGUUGAUUUUCCUGACUUGUAACUUGGUAAUUCGAAAUAUCAUGUGAAAAUCAUAUGUAGCAUUUGCUUUAUAGUUCAUAAAUGUUGUCCUCUAUAAAUGUUUUUUAUCACUGCAUUUACUGUGCUUGCCAACAAUACAUGUGUGUAGACAAACCGGUGGGGCCUAACCCAACAAAAAAUGUGCAUGCUCCAAGAAAAAUAAUGCAUGAGAAGAUUCCUGACAUCUUUGGUUGGAUAAUUUGUCACUCAGAGAACAAAAGGCACAUUAACUGUAUUAUUCCUUGUGUAAAACCACAUUUUUCAUUUUCCUUUUCUUUUGAUUUGGCACAUUGUCACCACCUACUGGGAGGAAAUGCAGACUGCAAACAGUUGAAUGGAACUCUUGGGUGCAGCUGACCUAAAAACAGGGUAAAAUGAAAGUGAACAGGCCUUUAAGACCAUAAUGGCUUACACAUGGGUAGCAUGCUGAACCCUGAAGAGCAACCGCUCCUUGCCUGAGCAAUAGUGAAGAAUGUUGCAGUAAGUUGUUUGUAGGUGAUUUUGCAAGUAGACAGAUGGGAACACAGAUAGUUGGAAAGUAGGAAAGGAGAGGAAAGGAAAUGAAAGGAAACAGUCACUGAAUGAAAGAGUGGUAGUUUAAAAAGGAAAAGCACAAGGUUUUCUGAUGGGAUGGCAUUGUAGGUGAGAGAAUAAAAACCAGCUAAAGUAUUAAGGUGAUAAUUGAGGUUUGAAGAGAUCUAACAGUAUCGUGAAAAUACAUUAACUGGACAAAAACAAAUAGUGAGGUGUUAACAAGGAAAACAAAAACACUUUAGCUCAUAUGCCCACACAUGAGCUUUUUAUCUCCUGAACAGCACCAUCUACAACCCAUUAACUCUCUCUUCAACAUUAUGUUGCCUGUGUAGGCGUAUACUUACAGCAUCUUUAUAAAGCUCUGUGUGGUUGCGUGCGUCAUUGAGUAAUAGAAGGGGGAAACAAAAAGAACGGGGCAUAAAAGUGACAGUCAUCAACAGAAUGAAUAACACAAAAAUUAAGAAACUCCAAAUCAAAAAAAGAGCAAAACGUUUUUAAUUAAAAUCAAGUUUUCAUCUGUUGCAAAUAAAAAAGGGUAGAGAAAAAUUGCACUUUACUGCGAUGAAAUACUUCAAAAUACAUGCUGAAAGGCUCCUUAAAACAUUGUUACUUCAUCACAAUGCAGUGGGACUAACGGGCAAUAAUGAAUACUACACAAUAUAAGUGCUUGAGAAUCCAAAGCUAUAUUGCACUAAACAACUUCCAGCAUCCAGGGAACUUUCUAGAAAACACCCAGGUCUUUGAUUUGAAGUGCAUCAUAAACAACCAACCAGACAUUCUAAUCACAUAAUAAUGUUGCAUUAGAAAAUUCUGGUGCUUUUUGUGCACAUAGUAAAACUCGUCAGAGCUAUGCAGGUUUUUGAUUUAAAUUACUUAAGACUGUUAAUGUUCUCAUUGAUCUGUUGGGUGAACUGUCUAAAACUCAUGGAAAAUCAUGACCUAACUGGACCAUUGUGAUUAAACAGCAGCUCCUCUCCUUGGACACAUGGUUCAAUAUUCAGUUUUAUUAUAUUUUUGCAAGAACGUCUGUUAAACACUUGGUUUAAAAUCUUCUAUUCAGGUAUAGUGUAAAAGUAUGCAUGACUAGCUCCCCCUAAUGGUUGGAAAUGGUGGCUGAAGUAACAAAAAACGACACACCGGUUUAAUUAUGAAAAAGGUGGGGGUGGUUAUUAUAUUUGUUGCACUGAGAAAUGUCUGUCAUCAGAGUUUCACUCAGAGCAAAUCUGACAGCGUAACAUCAUGGCAGCAGCUAUGAUGCUUUGUGUUUAGACACUCAUGUUGGGUUUAAAUCUAUCCUAAAACACUUCAUUUUACCACUACAAAGUAUAACAUAACUACAUUCUAUGCUACAUGACAAUUGCAAAUACAAUAGCUAUUUACUGAAAAUUGAGAGAAAAUUGUAUGAACUAAAAAAUGGAAGACAAUAUGGAGUAAAGUUUCACAAAAUUACAUAAUUGUAUGGUCACAAAAAUAACUUGAGGGCAUUUUAAGGCAACUGAAUGAGCAAAUAUCAGACAAAUACAGUAUCUGUCCUGGAAUACAAUAGGUGAUACUUUGUUGCUGGGUUGCUUCUGAUUAUUCUUAUAAGUGUACUUAAGCAUUCUCAAAAUAUGUGGAAUUCUGUUUGAGAUAAAAGUGUGCUUUGUGGCAACAAUUCCUGUCUUAAUGUGUAAAAUGAAUGGAAUGCUGCUUGUUCUAUUAAUACAGUACUUGUGUAUGUAAUGUACUUUUUCCUCUGUCUUUUUUUAAUUCUCUGAAUGAGCUUAUCUGUGUUGUCAUUUUUCUGUUGAGAGGUUUUUGUUUGUUUUGUCUCUGGUCAUGCAAAUCUCACCGCAGAAGGCAGGAAAAGCUGCUUUUUUUUUUAUCAUUUAUGAAUUUGUUUAAUGUGUUUGGUCAGCACUGUUGUAUCCACAAUUGUACGAAAUCCUGAGUGUUAUUCAUCCAGAGUGAAUCCCACAGUGUGAGUAAACUGUGUUUUAAAUGAAAGAUGAUAAUUGUUGUGGGGCCUACACUUUGCCUAACUGUGGGUGUUUUUCCCAAAAUGCAACACCCCCCACCCCCAUCCCCAACCACUCUUUUGACUUCUCUCCUUCUCUCUCAGACCAAUCGUACUGUCUUCCAAAAACACUAACUCCUACUUUUUUAUUCAACAAACCAACAACAAAGCCAUGACUUUAAACAACAGGCCUUGACUGUGGUAAGAGUAGGCCAGACUCAUAAGGCGCCUUCUGAGUGUAACCAGGGAUUAAGCCACAUGUCGGACUGCAAUCAGGAAGAGCCCAAAGAAACACCAUGCUACUCAUGUACUGGCUUUCUUGAACAUUCCCAGUGGAAGGGAAGCAUAAAUGAAGACCAGCAAUAUGCAACGAGAACUACCAGCCUGCACUCAACGAGACCAAGCAAACUCAUAAGGCUAUCUAACAAUCAGUGGUGUGCAAUAAUAACAAAUUUUUCAGACUCGCUGUUUUGUUUUUCUUAAGCAUGCAUACAACGGCUCUUUAAGGAUGACUCCCUCUCAGUAUCUAUAGAGACAAGCCCUCGAAUCACCCUCUCUCCAUUUUGACCUGUGUAUAUUUCUACAACCUCUACAUGAAUCAAAGGGAAAUGUCUUAUUCUGAUAUAUUAAUCAAUAAAAUAACAUAUAUUUGUAUGAUUGUAA